AUGCUUUCCUCCGGGAGUGAGUGCUCACAAGAGCGUCCAAAUACUUAUCAUUUGGACCACGUUAGAAAGCGGUUGGAAUUUACGGUGCCAUUAAUGUUUCGUCAGCGACUGGAUUUUACAUUCUAUGCAAAUGAUGUUGUCUGUGAGGAUCACAUCCUGCACGUUCAGCGUGUGGGCCUCAACAGUCUCAUGAGACAUUUAGGCAUUUACAGUGUUGUGUGUCAAGCUCUUUUCCCUCAUAUUGAGAUGGAAGCAUUAAGUAUAAUCCCCGUAUUGGACGAUGGCACGGUACGUUUGCGAUGGCGAGUUAAACAUGUUUCUUUAUGGAGAGCUAUUACCAACCCAUUUAUGUUCAGCUAUGAUUACCGGAUCAAAAGGGUUAAUUUUUUAGCUAAUGAAUAA